AUGACAUCAUCUAUAUCAUCAUCAUCAAUGCCAAGUCCUGAAUUAAUUAUAUCAAAAACAUCUAAUAAAUCUUAUUCAAUUGAACUAGGAAUAAUUAUAUUAUUUCUUUGUUUAAUUAUUCCAUGUUUAAUUAUUUUAUCACUUAUUUAUCGACAACAAAAUUCUUUAUCAUCAAUAACAAAAAUAUCAUCGAAUAAUAAUUUUCAACGUAUAUCAUUAAUGAAUUAUUCACAAGCACGUUGUAUGGAUAAUAGUAUAGCUUCAUAUUAUAUAUAUUUAACAAAUAAUAAUAAUAAUAAUAAUAAUUCUCGUUGGUUAAUUUAUUUUGAUGGUGGUUGGUUUUGUUAUUCAAAUGAAUCAUGUGAAUUUCGUCGACAAUAUUCACCAAAUUUUAUAACAUCAAAUAAUAUAAAUAAAGAAAAUUUAUUUAAAGGAAUAUUAAAAUCAUUUAAACAAUUUAAUAUUAUCUAUGUACCAUAUUGUUCAUCAGAUUUAUGGUCUGGUUCAUCGAAUAAAACUCAUUCACAUGGUUAUGAUAUAUUUCAUGCUAUAUUUCAUCAACAUAAUUAUUUUUUAAAUGCAAAACAAAUUAUAUUUAUUGGUUUUUCAGCUGGUGGUGUUGGUUUAUUAUUAAAUUUACCUGAUUUAUUAAGAAAAUUUUCAUUAAAUAUUGAUAUUCGUGUUAUUAUUGAUUCAGCUUGGUUUAUUGAUUAUAAAAAUAAUUCAAAUGGAAUAUCAAAAAUAAAUCAAGGUAUGAUCUAUUGGAAUACACAAAUAUCAAAAUUAUGUCAAUUAAAACCACAUUAUAAAUGUUUAUUAGGUAGUGAAGCUAUUAAAUUAUUUCCAUUAAGAGUUAAAAUAUUUAUAAUACAAUCAUUAUUUGAUUUAACACAAUUACAAUUUGAUAAUAUUAAUAUAAAUUCAUAUGAUUUUUCAUUAAAACUUCUUGAUAAUCUUCAUCAAUCAAGUAAUCGUAUAUCGAUAUUUGCACCAUCAUGUUCUUUACAUGGAUUUUUAUUUCGUUCGAUUUGGUCUAAAUUUAAUAUUAAAAAAAGAACACUUUCAUCUGUACUUAAUCUAUGGUUAAAAAGAAAAAAAAAACAUUUUCAUUUACAUUUAAUUGAUCAACAUUUUUAUUCAAGUUAUUGUCCACAAAAUGAUGAUGAAGUAUAA